CGUCAAUCCCAGAAGUCUUAGCGCGCUAUAGCUGAGCUGGCUUUUCGUUUGGGUUGAACGUGUGAUCUGACUGAACGUGUAGGUUUCGGUCUAAGAAAAAAGAAGAAAAUGAUUCGGAUUGCCGCUUUUUUGGCUGUCGUCGCCUGUUUAUGCUCAGCUGAAAGUUGUACAGACCCAAUCAUCACACCUUCCUCCUAUACAACUACGGAUGCUGUCAUCGCCUCAGAAUCCGUGUUUAUUGUGGAGCUCAGUUUGGCCUGUGCCAAUGGAGCCCAGAGUGUGGUGCUAUAUGCUGAUAUCAGUGGAAAGCAGUUUCCUGUAACCAGAGGGCAAGAUGUUGGAAAGUAUCAGGUAUCUUGGAGUGUCCCCCACAAGCAGGUUUCCUCUGGGACGUACCAAGUGAAGUUCUUUGAUGAGGAGUCAUACAGUGCACUACGCAAGGCACAGAGGAACAAUGAAGAUGUAGACUCCAUCAAGCCACUCUUCUCUGUCAACGUGGACCACAGGGGAGCAUGGAGUGGUCCCUGGGUCUCCACUGAGGUUGUGGCUGCUGUUAUUGGUAUCCUGGUCUACUACUUGGCCUUCACUGCAAAAAGUGCCAUCCAAGCAUAAUUUGUAUGCUGCACACCUACUGUACCGAUGUCAACAAAAUGCUCAGUAAUAUAUACUGGAUUAUUACAUCUUGGCCAAUGAUACUGACUCAUGUUGUACUUAAUUUUAUCAGAAAACCUGCUAUCAGUGGAACUCAUUUUGCUCCAGCUUUGCAAGGUGCAUACAUUCUGACAUCAUAGCAUUGAUUAAUGGGAAUGGGGGGGACUGUGCUUUGUAAUUUGGUUUGGAUUAAAUUUUUGUAAACAAAC